UACCCCAUUAGACUUGACAACCGUCAACUCCCGACGGGAAGAAGAAAAUUGGGUCUCACUCUCAACCUAAAUCUCCGGACUCCGCCUAUCAUCUUUCUCAGUUGUCACUCCCCAGUCCUUCCUAAGGUUCAUCAAUCAGCAAAAAUGGCGGUUGGUCGAAGUAUCCUUAUAUCAGUUACAUUAUUUGCUACAUUAUUUGAUAUCUUCCAAGAUCGGGUCACCAUUCCAUCUUGCCACUUUGUGUUGCCGCCGAAUGUUGAUCAUCAUCAAACUGUUGCUGCUGAUUUUAAGGAUAAUCCUCAAGAUCUGACUGCGAUUCUUGUCUCCAAUUUACUCUUAGGCGGCAACAAUUCUUCCGUUUUUGACAUCUUCAGAGACUUCUUUUUGUCCAAAUUCUUUUCGAAAUCUUUUGAAACUUUGAAGCCUGAUAUGCUUUUGAUCCUUGGAGAUGUUUCUGCCAAUGGAUUUCAGUUGACAAGUAAAGAAUGGUCAUCUGUGGUGCAGCAUUUUCAAAAGGUGAUAGGUCCUUAUCUUCACCUGCCUUUUCAUGUUACUCUUGGUGACAGGGAUAUUGGAGAAUGUAGUAAGCUGAAGGCCAGAUUGGUUAAUCGCCUUGCUAACAGCUUCCCAGAACUGAAUCAUGGAGGAUGUGGUAGCUUUGAGAUGAGCAAUGUUAGUUUCAUCUCACUCAAUUCCAUAGCAUUACUUUGUGGCAACAAUGAACUUCUAUCCGCGGUUGAGACAGUAAUUGAAAGUGAAAGUGCAUAUUUACGAACAAACACUGAAGAUGGAAGAGAACAGACAGUUGAAUUGAUCACGGCUAAUAAAGCGUCCUAUCUUUAUAGAUGGAGAGAUAAUCCUAUGUCAUCACAAUCUGGCCCUGUCCUUUUGGUUCACUUCCCCUUGCAACAAACAUCAAAGAAAUACUGCAGGAAAGAGAGCAACUCUAGUACCAUUUGGUACACUCUUCCAGACAGUCUGAAGUUACUAUUGAGGAGGCGUGCUGAUCCUGGACCAUAUGAUUUGCAGCAUGCUGUUCCACAAAAUGCAACCGAAUACAUUUUCCAGGCACUUAAACCCAGGAUAGUAUUCAGUGCUCACAGCCAUGAAUUCUGCGAUUUCAUAUACCCAGAUGGAACACGUGAGGUAACAGUUCCAGCUUUGGCAUGGAAAGCUAAGGAUGAUCCAGGUUUUCUUGUUGCAACUUUCAGAAAUAAUGGACCUGUAAUUAUCAAGAGUUGUUCACUCCCAAGGGAAUCAUAUGUCGUUGUUUCUUGUAUUAUCAUUUUUAUUUUGUCCAUUUUGCCUGUUUUUGUAACAAAUUUGCUGCAUCAGCUAAACUCCAGACAUGAUAGAUGAUUUUUUAUCCACUUUUCCUUGAGCAGAGUUUUGUGCCUAAUACUAAUGUUUCACGGUUAAUUUUGAUCAUAUGCCCUUUUUGGUUGAAUUGAAAUUAUACAAUAUGUAUGCAACCGGAACUAAUGUUGAAGCUUGUUAAUGGCACACUACUGCAUGUACCGAACACUUUGCAUUUAAAUCAUGUAAGCCCAAAGGUAAGUAUUGGUUUUCCCAAAUCUGAAAUGUCAAGAACUGGUGGUUAUUAAAUAUUCUCUCCCAAUACCAUAAAAUAGUUAUUGUUACCCAACAAUGGGUAGCUCAAUUAGUUAAGAAGGAGUCUCCUUUCCAUUAGUUCUUAGGUUCAAACCAAGGAAGAGACAAUUUGCCUUCUUCCUUGGUCUCUUGGGCCUUGGGCCUCUUGGAGAGCUUGGUAAUAGUGCCUUCUGAUCAUUUGGGUUGAGUCGGUUAGCUCUCGGCUGAUUUACCUAUUCGUGGUUCUUUCCUUGCUAGGGUCAAGGACCGGUGGUUUGCCCUCUGCACAUUCCACCGAUACAAAAAAAGCUGAUGCUUCGAUAUGAUAUUUGUCGAUUCUUCUGCUCCAAGAUAAACAAUGGGUAAUUCCUAUGUUACCCAUCCUAAGCAAUUCAUUACAAGACCAUAUUGUAAUUAGUAAAUCUUUUGGCAUUUUAGCUUGAGCUAGUUCAUUGAGAAUCACAUGAAUGUUUCUAGCUUCAUUCUCAUAUUUUCCUUUUGCUCUUAAUUUGGUGAAUGUAAUGCCAUGGUGAUUUUCCACUUGAAUCAACAAAACAAUGGGCUGCUUUUGGACAAGAACGUACUGACCUGAAUCAUGUAUGGCUAAUUGGCUACUGAUUGAUAAUGCGUGAUAAUGCGAAAAACUCAGGUCGAUUUUCUUUCUUUGGUGAGUUCAUGGAUUUCUGUGUCAUUUAAAUCAUGUUUUCUGUAGAUGAUGUCAAUAUCUGCAGUUUCCUGGCCUUUCCUGUAUGACCAGCCUCCAUUUUCUUUCCGAUUUUUACAUGCUGUUUUACUGAUAAGCUCUGUCGACUGCAAUGAAGAACGUGUACCACAGGUUUCACAGGUCAUGCGAUGCCUGAUAUUAGAAAUGUUGAAUAUCUUCUUUGUGGUAUUAUUCUGGUUUGCGAGUCAAUCGUACAAACUCAACUUCUUAAGAUACACUCACUCCACCAUCUAUUGAGAUUGAUGAACAGUCAACAAUAUUGCAUCAGAGUGAUUUUUCAAACUACUGAUGGCCUAACAAAAUAUUGGAUCCACAAGAAUGGCUGGUGAUGUUUUUCUGUGCCGCUAACGUGCUUUGGGCUUCUUACAGCGGGAGAAGGUGCUGAAAAUUUUCAAGAAAACCAUGCAGGCAGGCCCCAUUGAAUCAAUGGUGUGAUUAUGGAGUCACGUGAAUUACCAAGUGCGUAAUAUCAAAGCCCAGUUCGCAUCGAGUCGGGUAGAGGACGAAAAACAGAUACGUAGACGAGGACAGAAAACAAUGUAAAAGUUACAACUAUAAAGUGAAGCACCCCAUAUCGUCCCCGGUAUGGGAACGUCUCAGCCUUUCAGGUACAGGAACGUGCGUUAAAUGGAUUUCUACAUACGACUACCACAUGAUGUGAGUGAACCUGGGAGAAGUGUAGACCCAUUACUAGUUGGAACUUGUUGCUUGGUAGGGUGCUGGGUGAGAAACCAGGCUCCGUUUCCUUAAAUUUUGUGGGUUAUUUUUGUUGGGUUGGUGGGAUUCCAGAUUACUCGAGUAUCGUUUGCCUAUGCUUCAAAUAUUAUUAUUGGGGAUCGCUACAAUUAUUAUUUAUUAGUAGUGUUUCUACUUUCAACAAUUACUCUCAUCAGGCCUGACUCAUCGAAGUUGCAAAAUGGGCAGGCUAGGAAUGUAAGAUUAAUGGAUGGAAGAUGGAAAACCAUACCCAUAGAGGAGAAUGCAACCAUAAAGUAAAAUUUGUAAUUUUAGGCACAUGAACAAUUAUUUGUAAUGUGCAUGUCAAAUACAAGCUAGGUACUGAACUGCAGAGCUGAUAUUGUUGUGGUUGCAUUACGAUCUGCGGGCUUUAAAGAAAAAAUGUUCACUUUUUUGAAUUACCUUUGGAAGCUUUUCUGAAAUUGAAUUAACUCUAGAAAUUAAUUGACCGACAUUAUUAUUUACUGGAUAUGUUUAUUACUGACCCAAAACAUUAGAAUUGCUUCUUUUUUUAUUUUGAAAUAUGAUAUUUUUCAAAGUUAUA